GGCGGCCGCGGCGCACCGGCCCCUGACCCGGCACUGUCCGGGCAUUCCUGUCUGCAUACUUCGCAGUCUGUUGUGCUUUGGUGGCUCAGAAAAGCGAAAGAAUCGAAAUUAAAAAGGCAGCUUUUGAAUAAACAAUGCCAUUUUCCGUUAAGUAAUCGUUUUGUAUAAAAGGAAAUAUCGCCUACUCAGUUUCAUUCAACGGUGCCAAAAAAUGUUAUAAAUGAGAGACCGCCAACUUUUCUAAGGGGAGAAUAAUGCCAGACUGUGCUUAAUAAACUAGUGCCCUAGAAGUUCAUUAUCGAUGUUGCAAUCUUUUCUGAUUCUGAAAGGAGACCGCCUACGUCGCCCCCAUUCCCGUCUCGUCCUCCCGGGCUCCCAGUGAAAAAGGCUGUCACUUGGGCAGAGCCCUAGGAUGUUAAAUCAGAGAAUCCACCCGGGCAUGCUCUUACUCCUGAUGUUUCUCUGCCACUUCAUGGAAGACCACACAGCGCAGGCUGGGAACUGCUGGCUCCGGCAGGCGAGGAACGGCCGCUGCCAGGUCCUCUACAAGACCGACCUCAGCAAGGAGGAGUGCUGCAAGAGCGGCCGCCUGACAACCUCGUGGACGGAGGAGGAUGUCAACGACAACACGCUCUUCAAGUGGAUGAUUUUUAAUGGGGGAGCCCCCAACUGCAUCCCCUGCAAAGAAACGUGCGAGAAUGUGGACUGUGGACCCGGGAAGAAAUGUAAAAUGAACAAGAAGAACAAACCUCGGUGUGUUUGUGCUCCGGAUUGCUCUAAUAUCACUUGGAAGGGCCCCGUGUGUGGCUUAGAUGGGAAAACCUACAGGAACGAGUGUGCCCUUCUCAAAGCCAGAUGUAAAGAACAGCCCGAACUUGAAGUCCAGUAUCAGGGCAAAUGCAAAAAGACGUGUAGGGAUGUCUUAUGUCCAGGCAGCUCCACGUGCGUGGUGGAUCAAACUAACAAUGCCUACUGUGUGACGUGUAAUCGAAUUUGCCCUGAGCCUACCUCCCCUGAGCAGUAUCUCUGCGGGAAUGAUGGCAUAACUUACGCCAGUGCCUGCCACCUGAGGAAAGCCACGUGCCUGCUGGGCAGAUCCAUUGGAUUAGCCUACGAAGGAAAAUGCAUCAAAGCAAAGUCCUGUGAAGACAUUCAGUGCAGUGCUGGGAAGAAAUGCUUGUGGGAUUUUAAGGUUGGCAGAGGUCGGUGCGCCCUCUGUGAUGAGCUCUGCCCUGAAAGCAAGUCAGACGAGGCAGUCUGUGCCAGCGAUAACACAACUUACCCAAGCGAGUGUGCCAUGAAAGAGGCAGCCUGCUCCAUGGGUGUGCUUCUAGAAGUAAAGCACUCUGGAUCUUGCAACUCCAUUAAUGAAGACCCAGAGGAAGAAGAGGAAGAUGAAGACCAGGACUACAGCUUUCCUAUAUCUUCCAUUCUAGAAUGGUAAAACCUCCAUCAUUAUUGGAACAGCCAUUGGGCACGAAAUCAAUGUCCAUACUGUAAAUAAGUGUAUGCUUAUUUAUUUUGGGGAGAAAAAAAGUAUACAUAUAGUUGAGUCUCGUAGACAUUUAUUUAUACUGUGUCAUGUUUUAUAAUUUAUACAUAAAAUGUCUGGUUGACUGUACACCUUGUUUUUUGAAGAAAUUUAUUCGUUACGGGAAGAGCAGUGUUAUUUAUUGUGAGGUCUCUUGCUUGUAAAGUAAAGCUUUUCUUUUUUCUUGUAAAGUAUAAAAGUCCAUUCCUUAGAGCUUACCCACAUGAUCUCAUCUCUUUGUUUCACUGAAGUUAACUCUUUUCCACUUUAACAAACUUGCAUGUCGGUUUCUGUUAUGUUUAUUUAUUGGAUUUUCUUCUUGCUGGUCCUGUACAUAAAAGAUCCCUCGGGUUUUUGUUUACAAGGAAUCUUGACUGACCAAAAGGCAUUGUAACUGACUUAAAUAUACUUCCAGGGUGCAGUGAGGCGGUCUUUAAGGAAACUUCUUCCACUUCACUUUUCUCUGCUUCUGAUCAGAUCAUGUUCUGACAUGAUCUCAAUGCGCUGAGCAUAUAUACUGUACUAUACGAAUUCCGGACCCAAAGAAAUCGGAUUAUGAAGGUUGUUAAUAGCUACAGGGCUAACUGUAAUAAGAAUAAAAAUUCUAUUUUAUUUUUAUUGUUUUAUUUUUUUGUAACAUGCAUAAAUGUUUUAUCAGGUGUUUCCUUUAAGAUGGUCUUGCAGUACCACUUUCAAAGUUUUGUUUCCCGAUCAGUGUGUCACUAAAAGUUUUAUCAAAGCUUUAUCAGUUCAAGUUUCUUGCUUUUCAUAAUACUUUUUUUCUGAUGCAAUUUUAUAUUUUCAAACAUGGCGAGUUAAAUAUAAAUUCAUUUAAAUAUAUAGUUUUGUACUUUUCUACCAUGUAAAUGUGCAAUGUAUAUAAAAGUUAUAAUGUGUAUUUGUAAAUAAAUGAUGAGUGAAAAAAUAAAAAAUGGAAUUUUCCCUA